AUGAUUGUCCCAGUUAGAUGUUUUUCAUGUGGUAAAGUUGUCGGUGACAAAUGGGAAAGCUAUCUUAAUAUGUUACAAGAAGAUGAAUUAGACGAAGGUACUGCUCUAUCAAGAUUAGGCUUGAAAAGAUACUGCUGUAGAAGAAUGAUCUUAACUCAUGUCGAUUUGAUCGAAAAGUUCUUGAGAUAUAAUCCUCUAGAAAAGAGAGACUAG